AUGACAACUCUUUUCACACACAAUCCUGUGCUUGCAUGCAAUGUGCUCGUCUGCGACAUGCCUGCAUGCAAUGUGCUCGUCUGCGACAUGCCUGCAUGCAAUGUGCUCGUCUGCGACAUGACUGCAUGCAAUGUGCUCGUCUGCGACAUGCCUGCAUGCAAUGUGCUCGUCUGCGACAUGCCUGCAUGCAAUGUGCUCGUCUGCGACAUGCCUGCAUGCAAUGUGCUCGUCUGCGACAUGCCUGCAUGCAAUGUGCUCGUCUGCGACAUGCCUGCAUGCAAUGUGCUCGUCUGCGACAUGCCUGCAUGCAAUGUGCUCGUCUGCGACAUGCCUGCAUGCAAUGUGCUCGUUUACGACAUGCCUGCAUGCAAUGUGCUCGUCUGCGACAUGCCUGCAUGCAAUGUGCUCGUCUGCGACAUGCCUGCAUGCAAUGUGCUCGUCUGCGACAUGCCUGCGUGCAAUGUGCUCGUCUGCGACAUGCCUGCAUGCAAUGUGCUCGUCUGCGACAUGCCUGCAUGCAAUGUGCUCGUAUGCGACAUGCCUGCAUGCAAUGUGCUCGUCUGCGACAUGCCUGCGUGCAAUGUGCUCGUCUGCGACAUGCCUGCACGCAAUGUGCUCGUCUGCGACAUGCCUGCGUGCAAUGUGCUCGUCUGCGACAGUGCAGCCCAGCGCACAGAGGGUAAGAUGACUCCAAGCUAG